AAGCUGCGGUGUGACAAGGUGUACAGAAAACAAGCUGAAAAAAAAAAAAAAAACAGAACUAAGUUUUUAUAACCUACCGAACCGUAAAAGCCAGCCUUUAAGGAGACAAAAGUGGAUACAGGCAAUAAGACGUGAAGCAUCAGCAGGAAGAAUGGGUAAAUUUUGGGAUCCUGACACUCAGUAUGCCUCAGUAAGCCUACGUGUGCAGUAAACAUUUUGUCACUGUUAAGUCAAAUAUCCAAAUGUCAGUUUUAUAUAUUCAGGGUAUAUACAGGAAUCGUGGAGUUAAAUUUAAGACCUUUUUAAGACUUUUCCCAUACAUUUUAAGACCUCAUCGCCACUUCAAGUUUAACCGGUUACAUCAGCGACACUUUAACUUAAAUUUACUAUAUAUUGAUUGCAAGAUAGCACAACUAAACAGUCUUAGUUUGUGAUAACUCCUUAUCAAUGCAACAUAAUUCAGAAGGGUGGGAACAAAGUACAAGAGAAUUAAUUAAUUGACUACGCUGAUUACUUUAUACUCCAGUGGGCGUAGUUCUCAUAGUAAUAUGACAUGUUGCGCUCUGUGCUCGUUUUUUUUGGGUCGACAGCUGAUAAAAACUUCUGGGUUUUUUAGCUUGUUUUCUGUACACCUUGUCACAUAGCAGCUUUUAGACAUUGUUCUGUUUUUUGCUCUAAGUCGGAAAUGACAAGGAGGCAGCCUCACGCAAUACAAAGUCAAUGGAGACGGUUGGAUUGUUUUCCCCUCGGUGGGCGUGGUUUUCAGAUUAUGACGCGUGUCGCUCUGUCUAUUCAUCACAGCCAGUCUAUGAAAACCAGGAAGCAAAACACUGGAAGUAGCUGGACAUGUUACAACAUAAAAUAAAGAUGCAGAUGCGAUAUUAUUGAAUUUAAACUAUAUCGUGUUAUUAUAUAUAUAGGCCUAUAUAUUAACAUAAUGUUUGUAAAUACUCCGAUGUGGUUGUUUGUUUUGAUUUUACACGUUUUGGAGCAAGAUGUUUUUGGAAUAGACAGCAAACAGUUCAACAUUUUGUACUUAAUUGCUGAUGAUUUAAGACCAACUUUAGGUUGCUACUCUGAUCCAGUGGUCAAAUCACCAAACAUUGAUCAGCUUGCAUCUGUGAGCACAGUGUUUUAUAACGCCUAUGCACAGCAAGCUGUUUGUGGACCUAGUAGGGUGUCUUUCCUAACAAGUCGAAGACCAGACACCACAAAGCUGUAUGAUUUCAACUCAUAUUGGAGGGUUCAUGCAGGAAACUACACUACACUCCCUCAAUACUUCAAGUCUAAUGGAUACAGAACCUUUUCAGUGGGCAAAGUCUUUCAUCCUGGCAUUGCCUCCAACCACUCGGAUGAUUACCCGUACAGCUGGUCUGUACCGCCGUAUCAUCCACCCUCUUUUAAAUAUGAAAAGAGGAAGGUUUGCAAAGAUAAAGACGGCACACUGCACAGUAAUUUACUGUGUCCCGUGGAUGUGUCCGAGAUGCCUUUAGGAACCCUUCCUGACAUGGAGAAUACAGCAGAGGCCGUACGACUACUGGACUCUGUGAAGGACGCACAGAAUCCAUUCUUCCUGGCUGUUGGCUUCUAUAAGCCUCAUAUUCCUUUCAGGAUCCCACGGGAGUACCUAAAGCUCUAUCCUAUUGAGAGUAUGACGCUGGCUCCAGACCCAGAUGUUCCUAAGAAACUUCCUGAUGUGGCCUACAACCCCUGGACUGACAUUCGCAAGAGGGAAGAUGUUCAGGCGUUAAAUCUGAGCUUUCCUUAUGGCCCCAUUCCUAAAGACUUUCAGCUGCAGAUCCGACAGCACUACUUUGCCUCAGUGUCAUAUGUGGAUGCUCAGGUGGGAAAAAUUCUGCAAGCCCUUGAUGAUUUCGGCCUCGCCAAGAACACUAUAGUGGUGUUUAGCUCCGAUCACGGUUGGUCAUUAGGAGAACAUGGUGAGUGGGCCAAAUACAGCAACUUUGAUGUGGCCACCCGAGUGCCAUUGAUCGUGUACAAGCCAGGUGUGACCUCACCUUUCUCUCGGCCUGGGGAGAAGACGUUCCCCUUCAUCGACGUGUUUCAGGGCACACGGGAGCAGUUUGGCAAAGGUCAAGGAGUUGAGAGUGUGGUGGAGCUGGUGGAUGUUUUCCCCACGCUGUCGAACCUGGCUGGACUGCGUCCUCUGCGGCGCUGCCCCUUGCCAUCCUUUAAGAUUGAGCUGUGCACCGAGGGCUCAAGCCUGGCCUAUCUCAUCCGCAACCCAGAAAGAGACCUUAACAGAGAAGCCUACUCAUUCAGCCAGUACCCUCGGCCCUCAGACUCCAUCCAGGAGAACUCUGACCUGCCCGACCUCGCCGAUAUCCGCAUUAUGGGCUACUCGAUUCGCUCCACUGACUACCGGUACACCUUAUGGGUGGGCUUUGACCCACUCCACUGUCAGCCUAACAUGACAGACAUCCACGCGGGAGAAAUGUACCUCCUGGCUGAAGACCCGGGAGAGGACAAUAACGUGUUUGAUGAAUUUGACCACGCCACAGUAUUGCAUAAGCUUGGCAUGCUUCCGUCAUGGACAGAGAGUUUAAAGCAUCAUUUACUGUAUCUCAGCAAUGGUUUGAAAUCAAAAGGGAUUAUGUGAUUCUAGUUUGUCAUUAAAGGGAAAAUUUAUUACAAAACCUGUCUGGACAUUCAUCAAAAACUGAAAGGCAGAAUUAAGAAGUUACAUUUUGCUUAAAGAAAAUGAAGCCUAUUUUAGGGAAAUGCUUUCUGACAUACUGUGAUAAUAAGUACUCCUCUCACCAAUUCUCAUUAUCGUAAUGCUAAUAACUUCUCAUUCUCAUCACUGUAAUGUGAAAAUAUAAUUUAUUAUAAAAAUGGUAAAGCAAUUUGUUACUGCUAUUAAUUUAUUCUGAUUUAAAUGAAAAUGUAUUGCAGUAAAUUGUAUUUUGCACUAAAAAAAAUGUGCUCAAAAAAUAAUAAAGGUCUUGAAAUAUG